AUGUCUUCGCAGCUUAGAUCAGUCUCUAUUUUGUUAUUGUUCUCAAUCUUUUCCUUCAUAGCUCACGCCACAGCUGUGACCGUCCCUCUAUCUUCCACAUUUAAAUAUGUGAAUGAAGGAGAAUUUGGGGACUAUAUUGUAGAGUAUGGUGCAAAUUAUCGAGUCCUAGACCCAUUCAAUUCCCCUUUCCAACUUUGCUUUUAUAACACCACCCCUAAUGCAUUCACCCUUGCUCUACGUAUGGGUACUGUCAGGUCUACUUCAACAAUGCGUUGGGUGUGGGAAGCCAACCGAGGAAACCCUGUUGGGGAAAAUGCCACCCUCACCUUUGGAGAGGAUGGAAACCUUGUGUUGGCGGAUGCUGAUGGUAGGAUUGCUUGGCAAACCAACACUGCCAAUAAAGGAGUGGUUCACUUCCAAGUGCUCCCCAAUGGUAACAUGGUACUUCAAGACGUAAAAGGCUACUUUAUUUGGCAAAGUUUUGACUAUCCCACUGAUACCUUAUUGGUGGGUCAGUCUCUUCGCGCUGGAAGUGCAGCUAGGCUUGUGAGUCGUCUCUCUGAGAAACAGAACUCGAAUGGAGCGUUUAGCCUGGUGAUGGAACCCAAAAGAUUGGCCAUGUAUCGAAAGAGCCCAAGCUCCCCAAAACCCAAGCUCUACUACACAUCUGAUAGGUUUAGUGUUAAGAAUGGUCGUUUACAAUAUGUGACAUUCCAAAGCAGGCCCGUGACAGAUGAGGUAUUUUCCUAUGAUCUGAGUUUGGAGUUCUCUACUGGAGGGAAGACCAUACUCGCUACACCCAAAUACAAUAGCACAUUGUCAUUUUUUCGACUUGGAGCAGACGGAAAUAUCAAGGUCUACACUUACAAUGAUAAAGUGGAUAUAGGUGCCUGGGAAGUCACCUUCAUUCUCUUCCCCAGUGGUAAACCUUGA